UUUUCCCCUCUACAUGGCGUUAUCAGUGUCGCGGAUUGGACGCGUAGAUUGUCAGUCGCAGCUGUCGGGCUGGGCCUAGUGUAAAAACAUCUUUGGUACAAUUUGAAAGUUGCACAAUCUGAAGAAUGAAUGUUGUGAGAGGAAUGGGUUCAGCUGUUUAAGAUGCCCAGAUACAAAAGUGACUACUGGUGUCAUGACCGGGUACGUAGCGGACUUUAAUGAUCAUCUUUAACUGAUGCCAUCAGGAGAGGAAGACUGGCACGAAGAACUCCUUGACGACCGUAACCAUGCCCGAUUCUUAUCCUUUCAGAUACGGACUGAACCUAUCAAAUAAUGCCACAAUGAACCCAAAUCCAUCCAUGUCCAUUGACAAUCUCUUCCCGGCUCUCUUGGAAUGCUUUGGGAUUAUCCUUUGUGGAUACAUUGCUGGGAGAGCGAAUAUCAUAACAUCCUCGCAGGCCAAAGGUCUGGGUAACUUUGUCUCAAAAUUUGCACUCCCAGCUUUGCUGUUCAAGAACAUGGUGCUACUUGACUUUGCCCAUGUCGUCUGGUCUUUCCUUUGGAGUAUUCUCAUUGCCAAAGUUGCUGUGUUCAUUAUUGUCUGUGUUUUGACACUGUUGGUGGCAAGCCCUGAGAGCAGGUUCAGCAAAGCAGGACUCUACUCCAUUUUUGCUACCCAAAGCAAUGACUUUGCUUUGGGAUACCCUAUUGUUGAAGCUCUGUAUAAAAACACAUAUCCAGAUUACCUUCAGUACAUUUACCUGGUGGCUCCAGUGUCGCUCAUGAUCCUAAACCCAAUUGGGUUUGUGUUCUGCGAGAUCCAGAAGUGGAAAGUAAACAAAACCCCCCAGCAUAACAAAGUGAAAAUAGUUGGAGUGGUGUUACUUCAAGUUCUCAAAAACCCCAUUGUUUUCAUGGUCAUCAUUGGCAUUGCCUCUCACUUCAUCCUUGGCCAGAAGAUCCCAGCGGUUAUGGAGCAGUUCCUGGAUGGUCUGGCUAACUCCUUUGGUGGAUCUGCCUUGUUCUACCUUGGCCUUACAAUGGUUGGACAACUCAGGAAACUCACAAAAUCCACAUUUGUGGCACUUAUUCUCCUCAUCACAGCUAAGUUGCUGGUGAUGCCACUAAUCUGCAGAGAAAUGGUUGAAUUGCUGGACGGGAACAGCAGUUUAGUGAACCACACUAGCCUUUCUAAUUAUGCAUUUCUCUAUGGAGUCUUCCCCACUGCACCCAGUGUAGCAAUAUAUGCAAGCCAGUACAAUAUGGAAUUGGAAGUCGUUACCUCAGGAAUGGUAAUAGGCACAUUUGUUUCUGCUCCAAUUAUGUAUGCCUCAGCUUGGUUAUUGACUAUUCCAUGGUUGGAUCCAAAGCCAUUAGUAUCUGCUCUCCAGAAUGUCAGUUUUGACAUAAGCAUCAUCAGUUUAGUUGCUUUGAUUUGGUCUGUGACCGUCAUGUUUCUGAGCAAGAAAUUUAAGAGGCUUCCGCAUUUGUUUACUAUAAACCUGUUUCUAGCACAGUUUCUUACCUGUCUGGGAAUGAUUUUGUGGAACUUUAUCAUAAAACAAAACAACCUUAUUGCUCAGGUUCUGACUUUCAUUAUACUCUACAGCUCACUUUAUAGUACUUACUUGUGGACAGGCCUUAUAGCACUUUGUUUACUGCUGUUGAAAAAGGAUGAUGAACCAAAGCUUCGAGCUGACAUUUUCAUAAUUGCAGGAUGGGGAAUUCCAGUAUUUGUUGUGGGAAUCCUUUUGAUGGCUGGACAGAAGAUGGUUGACCCCAUUGAUUCAGCUUUCUUUUAUGGAAAAGAUCAGAUUAUCAGCACUUCAGUGGUCCUUUCAUGCAGUAUAUUGGUGGCUGGUGUAUCACUCAUGGGUCUCGGUCGCAGUAGGCGAGAUGCAAACUACCAGCUAUUGGAUCCGACAUCGUUCUCGGGCACGUCCGAGGACCUGAGGCCUCAGAACAACCAGGAAACCCAGACCCUGUCCGAUCUGCUGUCACCAGAUGCAGAAGUGAUUAGUAACAGAGAUUGCUGUGCCUGUGAGAGUGUAAACAGAGAGGUGAGCUGCUCUGCACAGCCCAUGCCCCACAUGAUUGUUGAUGCCCAUACAAAUGAGACUCCAGCUGUACAAACAGCAGCUGAGUGUGUCAGUCACUGUGAGUCUCAGAUCUGCAUGCUGUCACAGGAAGAGCAGCUGCUGCACACCACCGACAGACAGCUGGCCAGGCACGUGCUGCUCUGCCUCCUUCUAAUUGUGGGCCUGUUCGCUAACCUAUCUAGCUGCCUGUGGUGGCUCUUUAAUCAAGAACCAGGACUACUUUAUGUGGAGCUUCAGUUCUUCUGUGUCAUAUUUAAUUAUGCUCAGGGCUUUAUUUCCUUUGGUAUUUUUGGGCUGGAUAAACAUUUGAUCAUCGUGCCAUUCAAAAAGAGACUUGCACACCUGUGGAGAGGCAAAGACAAAGUAGAAGAGCCUGAGUCUGCAGUGCCUGAGGAGAUUAUAAUGACCUGCAGACAGUUUGUCAGCUACCACAAAGAUCAGUGUGUCAAGGAUAUUGUGCAGGAGAGAAGGUGUGGCAUAAAGACUGCUGCUGGCAUAUUCUGUGGCUGUGAUCUGGUGGACUGGCUGAUCCGUGUGGGUCUGGCGCAUGAUCGUGGAGAGGCUGUGGAGUAUGGGGAGAAGCUGUUGCUAGGCGGUGUUCUGCAGCACCUUACUGGAGAAUAUGAAUUUCGUGAUGAGAGCUUGUACUAUCGCUUCAUAAAGCAGGAGUCGAGUGUGAUCGCAGUACUGUAGCACUGUGAGAGCACGGGGUCUCUGCUCAAAACAAUCAUUGCAUUUUUUCUUUUAGAAAGAGACCCAUAUUUGGAUCAGCAUAGAGACUAACCUCCGUUAUGUUGCCUAACUUCUGUUAAUCCAUCUUUCUGAAGCAAAAUAUCAGAGCCAAGAUAAAUAAAAACGCAGUCCAUAGGCUUAACUUUUUGUUAAUGAACUAGUUGUAAACCAUGCAGAACCACUGAACUUGAGAAUUGGGUUUACUUUUUAAACUAAAUGGGUUACAUUACUACAGGGCAGCGUUCAUAUAAAGAGGCACUGUACAAUAGUAUAGCAA